UGUUUCUCCUGCUGCACGGCGACGCUCUGCUGCUGCUGUCCGCUCUGUGCUUCACAUGAUGGUGCUUUCAAUGACCGACUGCAUGGUGACGACUUUUCUGUAAACACUCAGGAGGAGGAAAGUUAGUAACUUCUUCUAAGGCCUGUUGAAGCUGUCAGAUAUAAAGUCAGAGAGAGAAAAGCAGCAGGAUGAAGUCCAAAGGGAAGGCUGUGAAACCAUCCAGGCAUCAGACCUGGUCUGACCCCGAGCCUGAACUAGAACCAGACACAGAACCAGGCUCCAGCGAGCAGGAGGGCUCAGAGGCCUCUGUGCGGAUCGGAGGCUCCUGGAGGGGGUCGCUGAGGGGCGGGGACGGCAAGUGUCAAGGUGGAGGCCGGCGGCGCAGGCAGAGGGGCUCCAGCACGAAGGAACGCAGCGUCCGGCGGCUGGAGAGCAACGAGAGGGAACGCCAGCGCAUGCACAAACUCAACAACGCCUUCCAAGCGUUGCGAGAGGCCAUACCCCACGUCAAGACUGACAAGAAGCUGUCCAAGAUCGAGACACUGACCCUGGCUAAGAACUACAUCAAAGCUUUAACCACCAUCGUCGUGGACAUGUCGGGGGCCUGCCUCCCCGCUGCCGGGGUCUCAGCUGAGGCCAACGCUGCCAAGCUGCUCCAGUGCUACCAGCAGCACCUGGAGGAGGAGGGGGAGGAUGAUCUCACCCAGUACCUCACCCACAUGCACAGCUUCAGCAAGCGCAGCUAACAGAGGCUGCAAAGGAGGCUGUCUCCAAGGAGGUGUGGGGGGACCUUUAGGGCCAGAUCUCCAGAUAUCCACGGUCCUUCAGGUGCACUGCUCCGGGAUCUGCUCAGAAGUUGUCUCCUACAGGAAAUGGUUGCUGUACCAGACCUCUUAUAACAAGCCCAUGCAUGGCCAAGUUAAUCAAAAUAUGGAUUUGAGGACCAUUCACCUAGCAGACACAAAGACUGCAGACUGGACAGUGAAAGAUGGAUCGGGGUUAUGACGAGCAAGAAGACUCAUUUAUAUUGUUCUCAAAAGGGCUUAUCUUUCACCAUUCUGUCUCUACUUCUCAUCUUCGGUUUGAGCCAGGGCAGGAACUUGUUCUCUUUUGUGUUAUCUUGUGUUCAUCUGGUGUGUUUGCUGUUGAGAAACCUGCUGAGCGUAGCCUCUAGUCAUAACUGUCACAUCCAGUAAGAAGGUGAAAAAGGCAGCAGCAAGCCCAAAUAUUGAAGUGUUGAAGCUAGAAAGUGUGUUUGCUUAUGACGGCAAUCCGGCAAUUUCAAAACACUUCUUACAGGUAGUGCGGCCAUAGCUGAAAGGCAAAGAUGAUAUUUAAAGUGUGUGUUGUUUGACUUUUGUGUCUGGAGUCAGGACUUUGUAGUAAAAAAAAGGAUCAGGAGGAAUUAUUUGGAGUUAUUAUCAAUAAACACAUUUAUUUAUUGACAAGGACUGUUACUUUGACAAUGCACAACACUUGAGGAAUGUACUCCACAAUGUCAACAGCUACAGUAACGAAGUAUGUUAAUACAGACAGAUCUCUGUACACUUUCAACAUUUCCAAAGGCUGCAUCAUAUUUAAACAAUGCAUUACGAUAUGGGGGAAUUAAACAGCAGUUACAUAAAUUAAUGCCUGAACGGAUGCAUUUCAUCUGUGCGUUUAUGAAUAUUUAUUAAGGAAAAACUGUUUUUUGAAUAAAUUGCUCUCUGUCAAAUGUACAAACACU